GCAUGGCUCAACACCGCAUGGUAGUGGAUUGGCGUUGAUCAGUUAUGCUUAACUGUGGCGUGCACGUAUGUGCGACUGUGCUUGGAGGAACGUUUCCCUAUCUCUGUGGCAAUUGUUGAAGGCAUGGUCAAUGUAAAUUCAACAGACAAAUUUUACUGAAUAAGCAGUACAUAAGAUCCUCUGUAUACAUUAUCAAGUGAACGUGAUCAUGCCCGCACAACUUUUAGAGCGAACAGAAAUAUUGCUCGCAUCCGACGUAUUCCAGAAUUUACCGAUAUGUUCAGUGUUCUACCUCAUUAUCCAAGUAGUCAAGUCCGAAUCGAUACUACUGAUCCUGUUCCAAGUUUUAUUCCCAGGCAAUGGAGAGGAUACAGUGAACAAGCCAGAGAGGCUCUUAUUAGAUAUAAAAAAUUUAACUAUGAUCCUAGCAUAAAGGUCCCACUUAAAAUGUAUGAGAAGGCAGAUGUGUCAGGAAAAGACAGAUACAAGUUUUUCAGAAGACCGAUUAUACCAUUCUUGCAACAAGUUACUCCCAAUGUAGUUCUUCAUGCGGACAGCGAUCCAUUUAGCAGGACAGAUGUUAUUGCGGAGAGAGGAACAACACCACUUACUAAGAAUAGGCAUGUGCAAACAGAUUACAGAGAUAAUGAAACACAGACAGAUGCUUACACUCCAGAAUAUGUUAUUCGACCAGGAUCGAAACCAGAACUUUUAACCCUAGCUACGUUAUCUUAUGGUCAUGGCUUGCCAGCUGGCUUAGCAGAAGUUGAAAUGAUUGAAAGAGCACGUGCAAAGAGGGCUUGGGAAGCCACUCUGCCAGCUUUAAAUGAUCUGGAAAACUUAAAAUUAAGAAGAAAAAUGAUGGACGAACAAGAGCGAAAGGAAUGGGCGUUUAGAGAAAAAGAAAUUGAAAAACUGCAAGAAGCUAAACUGAACCUUUUGGAAAGUCUAUUACAAGAACGCGAGGAAAGAUACAACGAUUUAAACACGAAAAGGCUUGAUAAGCUUUGGUCGGAAAAACAACAAAAAAAAGAUACAAAGUUUGAUAAAAUACGUGCAGAACAUAUAAAAAUGAUACGAAAAUUGCUUCAAAAACGACAAAAAGUCGAGGGAAAAUUUGAACGCCGUAAUAUUUUAAAGGAAUAUGCUGACCCCGGAUCUCAAGCUUAUGCACCGUUGUCUCGUAUUGGUGUUUUCAUGGACCGUGGCUCUGAGAAAUACAAGGUCAAAAGUCGUUAUUUAACUACAUAUCAAGGUUUAUUAGAGUUGGAAAACUCUUUACCGGAUUAUAUUCUAAGGCCGAGAAUACAAGCACCGAAACCAAAAUCAGCGAGCAAAGGUGCUUAUGUAAAUCGCAGACAACGGCGCCACCACGAAUUGGAAGAGAUUGCAAAAGAGCUUGAAAAUGCAAAGAGAGAGAAGGAACCCCAAAAGCCACUUCGCUAUUUAGAGAAAAUAGAAAAACCCAUUUCUAGACCUCCCACACCAUCUGUUAGUUUACCUAAUGAGAGAGAAGAAAAAAUAGAACUUGCUAUGAUAUACUUACAAAAAGUCAUUAGAGGACAGGCUGUACAAAAUAUGAUGCACGAUAAUAUAGAGAAGCGUGGCGAGUUGAUCAAUGAACUUCGUAGCACACAUGCUUUGCAGCAAGCUGAACAAGCUAUAAAAAAACAGGAGAAGAAUAAGAAAUUGCAAGUACAAAGACAAGAACGGAUAGAUAAUCAACAGGAAUCGUUUGUGGAUGAAAUACUGGAUCACUUGGAAGGUGCUUGCUUAGGAGACAUGCUCGAUUUUCUAAGUAAGGAACUAAUACGAUUUCAGGAGGAGCGUCGAAUUCAUGCGUUUGCGAUGCUAGCAGAAAGACAGAGAAGGUUACGCGAAGCUGAAGAAAGUGGAAGAAGACAAGUCGAGGAGAGAAGAAGAAAAGAAGAAGAUGAAGUUUUUAAACAGGUGAUUGGUGUACACCAAGAAACUGUAGAUAUUUACCUUACUGAUAUAAUCAACGAUGCUAUCGAGACUACCGCAGAUGAACAAGCAAGACAGGAAGUUAAGCUAAUAGCUGAAAAAAUAAACCAGAUUGCGUAUGAAAUGGAGACGUCAAUGACUCAAUUACAAGGCGAAGAGAUUGUGGCCGAACUCGUGACGUCAUUUUUGCUCCCAGAAGUGGAACGAAUCAGCAUGCGAGAAAAUGUUAAACGAAACCAACGCAAGCAUCUGCUGGCUGCUCAUCGUAUCAUCUAUGACGAAGCAAAACAACUCGAACAACCUGAAACUAAAAGUGUAAACGAAUAGCGUGCAGACAACAUUGUAGCUAUUAGGCAUUAUUUUUUUUACAAGCUUUUCUUUUACAGAAAUGGUAGUGUUUUUUUCUGUCAGUCCGCUUUUUACCGAAGUUAAAAAAAUGCACCAAUUGAUCAUAUUCCUGUCCGUAGUGUAGUAAGAAAUUCUCAAUCUUGCUGUUAUAUCUAUCAUUUUGAUUGGUUACAUUUAAACUGUCUAUUUUUGAUUUAGUCCAAUGUAUAGUUCGACAAAUUUUAUUAUGCAAAGAAUAAAA